AUGGCUCUCAAAUCCCAUUCAUAUUUUACAUCACCAAACAUCUGCAAAUUAUUCAUUUUAUUUCUUUUAGUUGUUUGUAAUGUAGAAAACACUUCCGGCUUCAACACCAGCCUCGUCACCAGCAUCCAAGAUGAGAUUAGACCUGCAUUCCAAAUUCCCCCCAAACCAAAGGAGGAAGAACCACCAGCAAAGGACGAAGAUGAUGAGAAACUGGAAGAGGAACACAUAAUCCCUGUUAAACCACAAAGUCCUCCCAAGGGAAGACGGGGAAGAUCUGUCCCUGAGGGCAAAACCGUUAAGAUACUAGGAGCAAAGGAGCAUCUCUGGACAUGGCGCCAUGGUCUCUUCCCAGAAAAGAUCCCCUCAGACUCGUCUGGAAGCGGUCCAGAGGCGAUGUCCGAGGAGGACAGCUCCGGAGACAGCUCGGAGGAAGAGGGGCGUGAUGAUGUCAUCGCCUGGGACCUGCUGGGAAUCUUCCAGCUGAGCGACCGCGAGGCCUGUGAUCCCGGAUCGCGCGCAUCGCUGAACCUUUGUGGUCUUGAGUGCAGCGCUCUCGUUGAUGAUGACACCUCUGAUGACAUCGCCUGCUUGAAGAUUUUGGCGGGAAGCAGCAACAAGUUCAGUGGCUUGAGUCCCAAGAAGAAGUUCCUCGCUAAGAUGCUGGCAAUGCUGCCGGUGAAGGAGUGUCGCUCUGUCCUUCCUUCCAAGUACUUCGCUGAGUGCUCCUAGAACAUCCAGGCAGAUGAAGCUUCUCCAUCUGAAGGCUGAAACAUCUUCACCACUCAACGGUGGAGCCCUUUUUCAAUCACAGGAGACUCAACACUUAGGUUCUCGCACACUUAAAAACCCCAUGAUCUCAAAAUUGGACCUUUUGUUAAUGUAUAUCAGCUUUGACAUCAUUUAUUUGCUAAUGUACUCCUAA